GAGACCGCUGAGUCACAUACAUUAGCCAGAGCCAGAUAAAUUGAUACUGUGCGAAACGAGGGGCUACUCUCGAGAAAUUUCCGUUGUGUGUACACUGACUUUGAACCACCAGCUGCCUCUGACACCGCGUCGCAAGAUGCUGAUAAUAACACUGAAGACCCUCCAACAGCAGACGUUCAAAAUAGAAAUAGACCCAGAACUGACGGUGAAAGCCCUGAAGGAGAAAAUAGAGAAGGACCGAGGAAAAGAUGCGUUUCCUGCUGCAGGUCAAAAACUCAUCUAUGCCGGCAAAAUCCUUAAUGAUGACACCCUGCUGGAAGAAUACAAAAUUGAUGAGAAGAACUUUGUAGUGGUCAUGAUAACGAAGCCUAAACCAGCCCCCCCACCAAAGGCAGCCCCUCAACCAACUCCCCAGCCAGCUGCAGCUCCAGCACCAUCCUCCGCCUCAACAUCGGUGCCCCCCACACCCACACACUCAGUGUCUGCAGCCACACCUGCCCCACAGUCUGCGCCGCCCUCUGAAUCAAAGCCCCCAGUCCCAGAAACCCCUCCCCUGGCUCCCGUUGAAGCUCCAGACUCCAGUACAGCCCCAGCCCCUACACCAGACUCUACUCCAGCCCCUCCUCCAGCUCCAGAGGCCUCGGCCCCUGCAGAUCAACCCCCCCCUUCUGCCAAGCCAGAAGAAAAGCCAAGAGAAGACCCUGGGGAUGAACCGUCCGCCACUGCACCAGUCUCUUCCAGCCUUGUAGAUGAACUGGAUCUCCUUGAAGAAGCAGCCUCAAUACUUGUGACAGGUCCAGCCUAUGAGAACCUGGUGUCAGAGAUCAUGUGUAUGGGCUAUGAGCGGGAGCAGGUGGUGGCUGCUCUAAGAGCCAGCUACAACAACCCCGACCGGGCCGUGGAGUAUCUCCUCAUGGGUAUCCCAGCCGAUGCCACUGAUCUGCCCCCUCAGGAGCCAGUGAGACAGAGUGCUCCCACCAACCCCCCCGCCCCGGCUGCACAAGAACCACAACCACCCCCACCAGCCUCAACCACAGGGCCAGUGUCUGGCAGCCAGCCCCCCUCUGCUGGGGGGGGAACCCCCCCCACAGGGAACCCCCUGGAGUUCCUGAGGAACCAGCCUCAGUUCCAGCAGAUGAGACAGAUCAUCCAGCAAAACCCGGCCCUGCUUCCAGCUUUGCUGCAGCAGCUGGGCCGAGACAACCCGCAGCUGCUGCAGCAAAUCACGCAGCACCAGGAGCGUUUUGUGCAGAUGUUGAAUGAACCAAGACCUGGAGACACGGAAGGGGAGGGGGAGGGGGCCGAGGGCCAGGGGCCGCCACAGCCCAACUACAUCCAGGUCACCCCCCAGGAGAAGGAGGCCAUCGAGAGGUUAAAAGCGCUGGGCUUUCCUGAAGGCUUAGUCAUCCAGGCUUACUUCGCCUGUGAGAAGAACGAGAAUCUAGCUGCUAACUUCCUGCUACAGCAGACAUGGGAUGACGAGUAGCCCCACACACCUGACACUUCACCAACAGAGGGCAGCAGAGUCCAUGACAGCCAAACACAAGGUCCAUCAGGGAGAGGGCAGGAGCAGGGGAGGAGGGGGACAUUGCUGUUCACGCCAUGGGACUGAGGAUGAAGGGGGGUGAAUGUGAUGAUGAUGACAUGCUGAAACUGUGCCUCACUGCUGCUAUCAUUACCGCUGCUGCUUGUGCCCAGUGACCACACUGAGAGAACAGUCUGCAUCACCUUCACAAGAGUCGCCUGUAGAACAUGUUAAACUUACUCUACUGUACAUAUACAGUGCACACCACAGGUUGCAUCUGUUGUGAAUAUAUUCAUGACUUCAAUGGGAAUUUGCAAACCCCCCAUGUUGGGUUUAACUGGAAAUGUGAUGCAAACUGUUAACUGUUUGAGAGCUAGCAUUGCUUUAUAUUAAAGUUCAGGUCUGAUCGUUUUAUCACCAUUUACUGUGCUUCUUUAAUACUUGGUUAAAUAUCCUAUACAGUUCAAAUAUCUCAGACUCCAAACAGCACCAUUUCCAUUGUAGUAUUGAUCUUUCAGUAACAGUCAGACGUUGUUCUGCGGUUCUAUUAAGAAAAGGAUACCUGCAAGGUGAUUGGAUGUUCUAAAUGUUU